AUGACCGGCGAAGAUAAAAUCAAAAAGAAGAAAAAAUCAGUUCAGUUCAAUGUUGAAGAAUCAAACUCAACUAAAACUGAAGAUGAAGAGCCGAAGAAAAAGAAGGGAAAGAAAAUUAUUGUUAGUGAAGAUCCAAAUGUUUCGGAAAAAAACAGGAAGAGAAAACGAAAAAAUAAGAAAAGCGGGGCUGAAAAACGACAAAAGCUUAUGGAGAAUUUAGUAGGCCCACAAGUCGAUAAACUGGAAUAUGAGUCUGAAAAUAAAACCUUUGUGGAUUUUGGUCUCGACGAACGUAUUCUAAAGAGUAUUGGAGAGCUUGGAUGGGAAAAACCAACUCAAGUUCAGGAAUCAAUAAUUUCUUUGGCAUUGGAAAAUAAAAACAUAAUGGGAAGAGCCAGAACUGGAAGCGGAAAAACCGGUGCUUUCUUACUCCCCAUUGUUCAAAAGCUUAUAUCCGAAUCAAUGGAAAAUGAUGGUUCUGUGGGUCCAAGUGCUAUUGUGAUUGCUCCAACUAAGGAGUUAAUCACCCAAAUCUAUAAAUUAUUUCAAGUUCUCGUAAAGCCACUUCCAUUCCUUCAAGCAAUUAAUCUGUGUGAUAUCAACGAAGAGGAGAAUUCACUUUGGAUGGAAGAUCGCUCAAAUUUCGUCGUUACUACCCCUGGAAAACUUUUAAAAAUGAUCGAACUCCGUCCAAAUUACUGUUCGCUAGUGAAACACGUCGUAAUGGACGAGGCAGACUUGCUAUUAUCGUUUGGAUAUGAGGAAGAAAUGAUUAAAAUCCGAGCAAGUUUAUCGUCAAAUUAUCAAUGCAUUUUAACAUCGGCAACAUUGAAAGACGAUAUGACAACGUUGAAGAAGCUAUUUAUGACAGGACCGGUGGUAACUAUCAAGCUAACGGAAGGAGACUUGCCGAAUGCGGAUCAACUGACCCAAUAUCAGUUGACUUGUAAAGACGAUGAAGAGCGAUUCGCCAUUCUCGUCGCGUUGUUCAAGCUCAAACUGAUCGUUGGAAGAACAAUUGUGUUUGUGAAUAGCAUUGAUCGUUGCUUCAAGUUGAUGUUGGUACUUCGCGUUUUCGGUCUGAAAUCUUGUAUUCUGAACUCGGCGAUGCCUGCGAAUUCAAGAUGUCACAUCAUCAAUCAAUUCAAUGACGGAUCCUAUCCGAUUGUAAUUGCUUCGGAUGUUUCGGACGCCGACGGAACCAGAUUGGCGAAUUCGAUGGAAGCUCAAACAGAAGGAGCUGAUAAAGCAGAAGACGAUUUGAAAAAGCCGAAAAAGAAAGGCAAACUUGACAAGGAAUCGGGUGUUUCUCGCGGAAUCGACUUCCAUCACGUGAGCAAUGUGAUCAAUUUUGAUUUCCCUGAAACUACUGACGCUUAUAUUCAUAGAGUUGGAAGAACUGCUCGUGGAUUCAACAAAGGAACUGCAUUGUCGUUCUGCACACCGAAAGAACGACCAUUUUUGGAUAUUAUUCAAAACGAGGUUAACGAACAAAUGGGUAAAAAGGUGCUUCAACCAUACGAAUUUCGUAUUAAAGAGCUCGACACAUUCCUAUUGAGAACUCGCGAAGCUCUGUUCAAAUGCACCAAAGGGGUUAUCAAGAAAGCGAGGCUGAAGGAGAUUCGGCAAGAAAUUAUGCGAUCUGCCAACUUACAAGCAUUUUUUGCGAAGAACGAACGCGAGAAAAUGCUGAUGCAAACGGAUUGCCAUCCGGUCACAUUGAAGCUCAAUUCGCCAGCAAUUGCUGAUGUCACACCGUAUAUGGUUCCGGAUGCUCUUCGUGGUAUGGAUUUCUCGAAUCCAUCUAGAAAUCGACGUCAUAAGCCUGGAGUCAAGCAUCGUCAGAAGCUGAAGGAGAAGUUCAACAGAAAGAAGAAAGAUCCGUUGACGACAUUCAAAAUUUAA